CCAAACUAAUCAAACUGAAAACGCUCGAGACCUCAAAACAGCGGCCCGGCCAACGUAUAUAUGCGCCCAAAAAGCGCGGAACCAGUCCGGAAAGGCGUAAAGCCAUAAACGCGAACAAACCACGACGUACUACGGAUAUCUUCACGCAAUGGCUCGACCCAAAAGGAGCUCUACUAGGAAAUCGAAGGCUCCACAGCGAGCUAGCAGUUUCGUGCCUGAUCAGAGGUCACUGAAUCAGACUCUGAACUGUAUUAUUGCAAGUGGGAAUGAGCAGCUUGAAAUGACACUGAACACAAUUCGUAUGAAGCUCCGGCAUCUGGAAGAGAACAUUGAUGUCAUCUUCGCUGCUGCCGUGAGGGAACUUCCAGAUGAAGUUCUUGAUCGGCCUUUCAAAGAAGUGCUCGGGGAAGUGGACUGCCCAUUGGCUAAUUCUGAAGUAGACGCAAGAGGAAAUGUCGUGUCCAGUGGCACCAAAAGGACAGCCGCCACUACUGUAAAGAAGGGGCAGAGUGCAUUAAAACGGGUGUCGAAAUUGGGCAGUGUACGUCGAGGGCAAAGGCAGUCGCGCAGUGUACUUCGUGACACCCGCACCCCUGGCAAUUCCCAUUCCGUUCCACCAAAGGGAGUUAUCACACCCAAGUUUGAUACUAGGAGGGGCAGAACUCCGUCUCUGACACGCAAGGCCAGGCCCGGAGAAGUUUUGCUGUCGUUGUCCGGGAGCCCAGUCCGCAGCGAGAACAAGCUGCAGGACAAAACGGCAGCCAUCAUAACUCUAGGAGAUGGCAAAUUCGACCUAGUCUGUGGAAGACAAUGGAUGAUACACCUUCUGGACAUCGUGUUCGCCAUUGGAGCUUUGGCAGCUGAUAUAACCAUGGGUAAAAUGGGUGACAGGUGUGGAAGAUACCCCGUGAUCUACGCAAACGUUCUCUUGCUGCUUAUCGCGGGUUUGGUCACCAUCUUCAUGCACAAGUUUCCAGGCUUCGUCGUCUGCCAGUUCUUCGUUGCUUUUGGCCUCGAGAGUAUGCUUAACACGGGGAUUGUACUACUAUCUGAAGUGACAGAUUCAAAGGAUCGAUGUUUGGUUAUUGUGGCAUGCUUCGUGGUCUGGGGGACUGCCUACUUAAUCCUGCUACCUUUACUCGGCUUCUUGGAGAAUUGGAUUGUUGCCCAGGUGUCCAUCAUGAUCCCCACCAUGCUGCUCUUCGUUGGUCUCACGGUUGUCGUGGAGUCUCCGCGGUUCCUAAUAGCAGUGCGAAACUAUGAAGAAGCAGAAGCGGUCAUAAUGUACGCGGUAAAGAAAAAUCGAAUAAACCAAGAGUGGGCGUCCAUAAAGUGGAGAAGCACGCUCGACGAUAUUUGCCACGCCUCACCAAUCGGACCAACAUAUCCUGGAGUUAACACUCUUUUGCUUGAUCGGAACAAUCGGAAGCUGCUGAAGAUGACAACGUGUUUGAUCGUAUCCUGGUUCGUCACAUCUUUAAUGGACAACGUUAUCCAUUUUUCCUUUGACGGAGAGAGCACUGAAUCUGUCACGGUUGACACGGUUGCCGUAGGGCUCCUCGUGCAACUCCUAGCGUUCGGCUUCACCAUGCUCACUGUAAACCGCUCAGGACGAUGCAUUGCCAUGUCUUCCGGGCUAUUCAUCGCAGGCGUAGCUCACCUGCUUGCCGUAUCCCUGCAACACUUGUUCGGCGUCCCGUACGUAGCGAUGGCUGUCCUGGCAGCGAGCAAGGUGUUCACCGUAGGAGUGAGCAACGUACUUUACGUGUAUACUGUCGAGAUCUUCCCAACGGUGAUUCGCAGCCGAGCCUUCAGUGCGUGUACGCUCAGUGGUCACAUCGGGGGCCUGGUGGCGUCACUGGGAGCGGAGCUGAAAUCCCUGAUAUCACACACAAUGUGGAUAAUGUUGGUUCUGUCGUUCGUCUGCAUCCUGAACAGCGCCCUUGUCCUGAACCUACCCGAAACGAAGGAUAGAGACCUUCCCGACAACUUCGAUGACAUUGAAGACUUGUUUGGGCCCUUCAAGAGGAUAAAACGGCUGUCAGAGUCCAGGCGGAUAUCCGACGCUUUUCGAAAACGAACGACCCUUGACAUGAAUAAUGCGUCGCCUCUAACUCCACUAUCUACAACCACAUCUCCAUCACAGGAGAUCAUCUCCGAGAACCGCAUCCAGCCGAAAGCGCCUCGUAUCAUCAUGCCGUCGACUUCGCCGCACGCUGAUUUGCCUCGAUAGUUACUGGCGAUCAACUAAUACUGGUAAUAAACGAUUCGACGCAUUUUCAA